AUGGUUUCAUCAAUAUCCUCCUCCACAACAUCAACAUCAACAUCAACAAAAUCACUCAGAUUUCCAUUUCUCCAAUUGCUGUUGCUAUCCUCCUGCUGUAUCUUUGCGGAAUCGGCAUCCUCUGAUCCAAGCAAUCGUGUCUACACAAAGGACACGGACAACGCUCCCAGAGAAGAUCUUCCACCGAUUCCGACGCUCAAUCUGAGAACAUCCAAGGUCAUUGCUGAAAGAUUAGCAGAGACAUCAGCCAAUGUUACCAACAGCAGCAACAACAUUGGCAACUCCUCUUCCUUGUCACAAGAAGACUCGGAGGGAAGACAACUGCGCUACACUGACCUCUAUCGAACUCCCAUUCAAAUUCCAGACCCUAAUAAUAACAACAUUGAUUCAUCAAGUGACGAUCGCAAAAACAACAUGUUUCGAAUCGUUGGUGGUUCCAGCAAUGAUGGUUCGGGAGUGCCAAACUUUGCUAUGUUGCUGGCAAGCAAUCGAGGCAACUACUUUUUUGGUGGCUGUGGGGGAUCCCUCAUUAGUCCUUGUCACGUCUUGACUGCGGGACAUUGUGUGGACAAUCCCAAUACUGUGGCCAGUAUGGGGAUUUACGUCAAUGCCUACAUUCCCUGGGGUGACAAUGGUGGAUUGCCAGGACACUUUACCACGAUAGAGGCCUAUGCGAUUCAUCCACAGUACCGAAACAAUGAUAGCACAAGACCCCAAAACGAUGUGGCCGUCUUGACCAUGUCCAAGUGUGUCGAUGAAAGCGAACAAGACAAGGAUUUCUUUAUGCACAACAUUAUGGAAUUGGCUACCCUUGACGAUUGGAACCGAUUGGCCAAUGGCGCAGGUCUCAAAGUUUCAGGAUUUGGGUCCACGGAUGUCACCAGCAUUGGAGGAACUUCUGCGAGCUUUACCGAUGUCUUGCAAACGGUCCAAGUGCCGUUUCUUGCCCAAUGCCCUCGUCAAGGUUUCUAUGCUCCUGGACUCGUUCUAGACAAUGACAUGAUGUGCGCUGGAGGUGGCGGCAGAGAUGCUUGCUUUGGUGACAGUGGUGGUCCCUUGUACUUUGAGUACUCGUCCACACCCACCAAACACAGUCGUCUCAGACAAUAUGGGGUGGUGUCCUGGGGGCAUGGAUGUGGACUGGCCAACAAACCUGGUGUCUAUGCAUCCGUACCACAUCAUUACCAGUACAUUUCCAAAAUUGUCUGCAGCAAUCCCAACGUCCAAAUGUCCGAUUGGGCGGGCCGUACUGCCAUGUGUGGGGAACGACAGGCAAAUCCUACCCGACGACCGACUCGUCCACCAACUCGUCCCCCCACUCGAAGGCCGACAGGACGACCUUCUCCCGCACCAACCCCGAACCCUACCCGACCUCCGACACCCAUGCCCACCCUCGAUUCCGGCAGAUAUACCUUUGACAAUGGUUCCACGGCCGAACGCAAGGAACGUUCUAGUAAUACGGACAAGGAUGCUGCCAAAUUGUCGGGGAGUACCUAUGUCAGCAGUCUCACACGGAUUCGGGGAGGUGGUGCCAACAGACCACCACCAUCUAUUGCUGGUGGUGGUCGUCGUCGUCGUCAACGUCAAUUAUUGGGUGCCUUGCCCGAUGGACCCGAGGAAGCCUCCUAA